UUUUGUCAAGGGGGCUGAAGAAAAGGUUACUCCUAUAAAGGAUCUUCGAGAUAAACAGAAAAUCUCAAAUUCACAAGGCCUAUCUUUGCCCCGCCACCCUUCUUGACCCUAAUGGUUAUGCCAGAGAACAAUCCAUUUCCAGCCCCCGUUCCCGACCCGCUUGCUGACCCUGUUACCUUCUAAAAAGACACAAUCACCCUUACAUUUAUCCCCAGAUAUCUUCCUCUCUUAUUCAUCACGUCAAAUUACCCCCGGGCAUCUCUGUAAAAAAAUUCCCCGUAACCUAACUCGCCGCAUAACAAAUCCUAAAACGUAACAUUAUCCGCGGACGCAACCUGAGAAAUUUGCUUUUCUCAUAUUCUCCGUGGCAAGGGUUAGCUUUCACUUCAUUGCUGUUUAUGCUAUCUAUUCAAUCCGUUUCUUUAAGCGAGUUGGAUUGGUGAGUCGCUGGUUUGAGUGAUUUGUGAUGGGAGUGCCGGCCUUUUAUCGGUGGUUAGCGGAGAAGUAUCCGUUAGUGGUGGUGGAUGUGAUCGAAGAAGAACCGGUUGUUAUCGAAGGCGUUAAGAUUCCUGUGGAUACAAGUAGACCUAACCCUAACAAUAUCGAGUAUGAUAAUUUAUAUCUCGAUAUGAACGGGAUUAUUCAUCCCUGCUUUCAUCCCGAAGACAGACCUUCGCCUGCUUCUUUCGAUGAGGUGUUUCAGUGUAUGUUUGAUUAUAUUGAUAGGCUUUUUGUGAUGGUGAGGCCUCGGAAAUUGCUGUACAUGGCAAUUGAUGGAGUUGCACCUCGUGCUAAAAUGAAUCAGCAGCGAUCUAGGCGUUUUAGGGCAGCUAAAGAUGCAGCUGAUGCGGCUGCUGAAGAAGAAAGGCUAAGAGAGGAGUUUGAGAGGGAGGGCAGGAAGCUUCCCCCUAAGGAGACAUCUCAAACUUUUGAUUCCAAUGUUAUCACUCCUGGAACUGAAUUCAUGGCUGUUUUGUCAAUUGCAUUGCAGUACUAUAUUCAUCUUAGACUAAAUUAUGAUCCUGGAUGGAAGAAAAUUAAGGUCAUCCUUUCUGAUGCAAAUGUUCCUGGGGAAGGGGAACACAAAAUCAUGUCCUAUAUCCGUCUUCAAAGAAACCUUCCCGGUUAUAAUCCAAAUACACGCCAUUGCCUGUAUGGUUUGGAUGCAGAUUUAAUCAUGUUGGCUCUGGCUACCCAUGAAGUUCAUUUUUCAAUUCUUCGAGAGAUUGUUUUCACUCCUGGACAACAAGACAAAUGCUUCCUAUGUGGUCAGAUGGGUCAUUUAGCAGCUAAUUGCGAAGGAAAGGCAAAGAGAAAGGCAGGAGAAUUUGAUGAGAAAGGCAAUGACGUUGCUGUGACCAAAAAACCAUACCAGUUUCUCAAUAUCUGGAUUCUUAGAGAGUAUUUGGAGUAUGAAUUCAGAAUUCCCAAUCCUCCGUUUGAGAUUGAUUUGGAACGUACUGUGGAUGAUUUUAUAUUCAUAUGUUUCUUUGUUGGCAAUGAUUUCCUGCCACACAUGCCCACACUGGAGAUUCGUGAGGGUGCAAUCAACUUGCUGAUGGCUGUUUAUAAGAAGGAAUUUAGGGUGCUUGAUGGGUAUUUGACAGAUGGCAGCAAGCCUAAUUUAAAUAGAGUGGAGCAUUUUAUUCAAGCUGUGGGUUCAUAUGAAGAUAAGAUAUUCCAGAAAAGAGCACGAUUGCACCAGCGUCAGGCAGAAAGAAUUAAGCGUGAAAAGGCACAGGCAAGGAGAGGUGAUGAUGCAGAGCCUCAAAAUCAACCUAAAUCUUUGGUUGCGGUUGCCCGAUUUCAUGGCUCUCGUCUUGCUUCAGCUCCCACACCUUCACCAUAUCAGGAUGAUGGAACACAUUCUCAGACAUCUGAUGGUAAAGGAUCAUCCUCUGUUCGGAGGCAUAAAGUUGCACAUUUGUCUUCAACAGCCAAUAUUGGUGCUGCCAUUGUUGAGGCAGAGAAUAGUAUGGAAAUAGAAGUAUGUUUUCCUGCUUCAGGAGAGGUACUUGAAAACAAAGAAGAAUUGAAAACUAAGCUUAAGGGGUUACUUCGUGAGAAAUCUGAUGUUUUUAACUCAAAGAAUCAUGGAGAAGACAAGGUCAAAUUGGGAGAACCAGGUUGGAAGGAAAGAUAUUAUGAAGAGAAGUUUUCUGCAAAAACUCUAGAGGAAAUGGAAGAUAUACGGAGAGAUGUUGUUUUGAGAUAUACAGAAGGGCUGUGUUGGGUCAUGCAUUAUUAUUAUGAAGGCGUUUGUUCUUGGCAGUGGUUUUAUCCGUAUCACUAUGCACCCUUUGCUUCAGAUCUCACACAUCUUGGUGAACUGAACAUCAGUUUUGAACUUGGUUCUCCAUUCAAACCAUUCAACCAGCUUUUGGGAGUUUUCCCUGCAGCAAGUUCCCAUGCUCUCCCUGUACACUAUAGGAAAUUGAUGACUGAUCCAAAUUCACCUAUCAUUGAUUUUUAUCCUACUGAUUUUGAAGUGGACAUGAAUGGAAAACGAUAUGCAUGGCAGGGUAUUGCAAAGCUUCCCUUCAUUGAUGAAUCUCGCCUUCUUGCAGAGGUCCAAAAAAUUGAGCACACACUAACGGAGGAAGAAGCAAGGAGAAACAGUAUGAUGUUUGACAUGCUUUUUGUGUCAUCAUCUCAUUCUCUCUCUGAGAGCAUAUAUUUACUCGAUAAUCAUUGCAAACAAUUAAAUGACAAAGAACGAGCUGAAGUCAAGGAGCGUAUCAAUCCUGAGUUGAGUGAUGGGAUGAAUGGCUAUUUAUCUCCUUGUGCUGGAGAUACUCACCCUCCUAUAUUCAGGUCUCCAGUUGUAAGCAUGGAAGACAUUUUGGCCAAUGAAGUCAUAUGUGUUAUAUACAGACUUCCUGAUCCACACACACACAUCACUCGUCCCCCUGCUGGUGUUAUAUUCCCCAAAAAGACGGUGGAUCAAGGUGAUCUGAAACCUGAACCAAUUUUAUGGCAUGAGGAUUCUGGGAGGAGGCCUUGGGAGAAUGACAGACGAAAUCCCCCUGGAACCAUCUCUGCCCAUCAUCUUGGGGAGGCAUCACAUCGACUAGUUUCUAAUAGUCUACAACAGAAGAUAGAUUGCAAUGGCUAUGGCAAUCAUAUGCAUACCCCACCACCACCUUAUUUUGCAGCUCCCUGCGGCCCACCACACUCUUUCUAUUCAAAUGGCCUGUGCAAUCAUGGACACUAUGGAACUUUACAAUCAGAAAUAGAUUAUUCUCAUGCAGGUUAUCCCCGUUCUGCAAGUCCUUAUAUGCCACCUCACUAUGACCAUGGAUAUGGUUCGGCAGGUGCCAACCCCUCUUAUAGAAGGUCCCGUUCUCAGAAUGAAAGAGAGAACCAAAUGAGUGGGCCACAUCCAAGGCACGUGUACCACUCACCUGAAUUUCAUCAGAAUGGUAGACCAAGAUAUCCACAUGGGCCUGUGGCACAUACGUCAAUUGGGACCUCAACAUAUGCUUAUCAAGGUGGUUAUGACGCCUAUCAGAGUUACCAAUCACCUGGAGCUGGUAGUCACCAGCAAUGGGGUGGUAGGUUUCCUCCGCCUGCCAACCAUAGCAAUCCCAGCAGCGACCGAUUUUCAGCACUGGAUCAUAGAGGAAAUAAAAUGCCAUCACAACAUGGUGGAGCAAAUCGGAGACCCCAGCCACCUCAUGGAAGUGCUAAUUGGAGGCCCCAUCCACCAGCUGGAUAUGGUCGUCAAUGAAGUGUUUCUUAUAACGGAAAGGGGAUGGUAUCAGGUAUGCUGGUGCACGAGCUGCCAUAGUAAUCUUCUGUUUUUGGGGAGGUGAGUAUUUUGGAGAAUCUUUUUGAGAGGAGAAAAUAUCACGCUUCCAAGUUUGGCCCCUCUUUGGUUCCUUGUGUUGAGCUAGCUAAUCAUAGCCCUCGAUAGGCUAUAUUACCCCUUACCUUUUAGUAUAAUUAUUAUGAAAUAUCUUACCAUGACAUAAUAAAAAUUUAUGGAAAUAUUAUUUCCUAAUAAUUAAGCUUCAAGAUUAAUUCAAAUAAAAAAACAUAAAGUUUAUAAUUGAAACUUGUAAAAUUUUAAUUACUGUAUCAUAUUUUUUAAAAAUAGAAAUUUUAUAGGGAGAUACUAUUUGGAAGCACAAAAAAAAAUUCUUUAACAAGAAGAAAUGUAGUAUGACAGAAAAAUGAAGAAAUCAGAUGUGGUGGCAUGCAGUGACUAAAACAUGAAGAUAAAAUUUAAAUAUUCUAAUUACAGAACAAGACUUUCUAUUAGUUAUAUAUUUUUUAUGUGUUAGUUUUUUUGACACGGGCUUCAAACGUGAAUUAUUUAAUAUGUUUUACUAAUCUUGAAUAAAUCAAUUUGAUAAUUAUAGAAAUACACACAAAUUAAGAACUCUUAAGAAUAAGCUUUACAAAUUUUGUCUAAUGUUUUAUUAGCAUGCUCAAAUAUUAAAAAAAAAUAGCUUUUGAGUUGAGAGAUAAAUUAAAUUAAAAAAAAAUAGAGAAAUCAUAUUAAGAAAAUAUCGAAAAUACACCAAUCAAAUAUACGAUUAACCAUAUGAUAAACCGCACGUACACAGGCAGGGUAGCCCCAGCUAGCUUGGUGGGGUCGGAGGUGUGAAUUAAUUAGUUUGAUCCUUAUUGUAAUUAUUUGAACUUGCUUUAAUUAUAUACCCUUAAUCUUACUUUUUUUUAAUAGAAGAGUCAUACUGUUAUCUUGAAGACAUCAAAUACAUGAUAUUGAAUAAUUAAGGGACAGAUUGCUGACUUGGGGAGCCUCAAUUUUUGGAAUGUCAAGUUUCAAUCAGUUUCCCUUCGCACGGUCUGCAGUUAGGAGUCUGAAUGUUUUUUAUAAGCUACACGUAUGGAUGAUUAGGUAGCUAGUCUAAGUCUAUGUUCUCACAGGAAUUGUUUAUUUAGCAAAAUCCUAC